AAUGAAUUUUCAUACCCUUAAAAAGCAUAAGCCACUUAAGGAUAGAGAGUCUCGCGAGAGAAGCGCCUCGGCUUAAGUUAAGCUUCAACUGUGUUGGUGCAAAUGGCUCGUGAUGGCGCAGGCACGGGCAAUUAUUUUGCUUUAAACAGCAAACAUAAAAACCCCCAACCGCAACGAUUAGACGUGCUGAUGAUGCUACUAGCGCCCAUACUCUAUGGCACUACCUACCCACAGAGCCACAGAAAUCAAACAAAACAUUUAUAAUCUUCGCAAAGCGAGCGAAGUGUCUGAGGAUGAAAACACACACACACACGCACACAGGAAGCACGGGUUGCUCGGAGAUGAUCCGUUGCGAGAUUCGCGAUCGUGCGAUCGUGGUUCACCGCGUACAUCAUCCCGCCAGUCGCAAGCUGACCGGUGUCUUUAACGGUUCGAGCACAAUGGCAAUGGCGCGUUUCCUGGUUGCGAGUGUGGUGGCGUUUGGUGUUGCGAUACUGGCUCAGCAAACGUACACCCAGGAGCUGUUUGCCUUUCCGGCGGAUGUGGUGGUCAGCUCGAGCUUGGAAAAUGCCCACAAUCGCACCCCCGUUUACAUACCGGGCAAGUGCAGCACGAACGAAAUCCUCUAUCCGGGCGAUCACGACAACGAUUGGGUGUGUGACUGCCGGCCGGGAUAUGUGUACGCUCCGGCGCUGGAAAGCUGCUAUCCGCUCUUUCAGCAAGGUUUCUGCCAACCGGGCGAGUACGUCGAUCUGGCGCGCCCGUCGAUGAUCGUGCGGUGUACGCGCAAUGUUUGCAGCGGCAAAAACGAAGUACCGUACAAAGGGCAGUGCGUGCAGCUGCAUCGGAACAAUCGGAUGUGUAAGAUUGAGAAACGCGUCAGCUGGGUGAUCGGGGUUAACAUUACCACACUGGAGCUGGACUGCAUCAAGGGCACCACGGAGAUGCUCGAGCUGACGGUGAACAAUCGGAACGACGUCGACCAGCAGCAGGAACAGCCGGUGGCGAUGAAGGUUAACCCGCUGUAUUUCGAGGGCGUCAAACUGUGCCGCGCUGGCACUAAAACUAUGCAUAAUGGGUUGUGCGCGUAAUGCGCGUGUGUUUCCCCGCCUUCUGUUUUCAGUAUAAGCACUCCGAAUAAAAAUAGAGUCAGUUCGAAACCGG